UCAGAUCCCCCCAAUGGGAGAAACCGACAGGGGAGACAAGACGAGAGCUUGAGACACACGCGCACACUCUCCCGCACGCACACGUUCGCGUUCUCUGCAGCAAGAAGACAAUCGCGGAACAUGGGAAUGGCUCGUUCUCUAGUUGGCACCCUCGCGGCGGCGCUCGCUCUCCUCUUCCUUCUCUCCCUCGCCGCCUCAUCUUCGGCCGCACCACCGCCCUCCCGCGAACGAAAGCUGGGGUUUUUCUACACCCGCACCAGAGGACGAUGCACUCCUCAGUACUGGAGCAGCGGGCGAGAGAAGUGGCCGAGGAUGGUGCCGAGGAAAUCCACGGUGUCGAGGGCGUUCGGGUCGAGGGCGAUCGCCGAGCUCUACGGCGGCGAUCUGACGGUGUGGGAAUCGACGGCCGGGGUCGUCGGCGUGGGGGGCGCGUACGGCAGGCUGGUGAAGCAGGCGAGCGCGGCCCUUCUCAACUCGUACGCCCGGAAAGGGUUCGCCUACUCGGCCUGGGAGGUCAAGACCCUGCUCAUCCAGGCCUUGGCCUCGCCGCGAGCCGCCACCGAUCAGGUCGACCAGUUCGCCGUCGCCAACGAAGCCUGUAAUUAGCAGCAAAUCCUUUUGUUUCUUCUUUCUUGUUCUUUCUAUUUGAGACUCGAGC